AUCAUGUCCACCGUCGGAAAGCCCAUCACCUGCAAAGCCGCCGUCUGCUGGGGCGCUGGCGAGCCCCUCAAGCUCGAGGAGGUCGAGGUCGCCCCGCCCGGCCCCCACGAAGUCCGCAUCCACAUCCUUUACACCGGUAUCUGCCACACCGACGAGUACACGCGCAGCGGCAAAGACCCUGAGGGCCUGUUCCCGGUUAUCCUCGGACACGAGGGCGGAGGCAUCGUCGAAUCUGUCGGUGAGGGCGUCACGAGCGUCUCCGUCGGCGAUCAUGUCAUUCCUCUCUACACUGCCGAGUGUCGUGAAUGCAAAUUCUGCAAGAGCGGCAAGACCAACUUGUGUGGCAAAGUGCGGGCCACCCAAGGGAAGGGCUUGAUGCCUGAUAACACCAGUCGUUUCACCUGCAAGGGCCAGAAGAUCCACCAUUUCAUGGGCACCUCGACCUUCGCCCAAUACACCGUCGUUGCAGACGUAUCCGUCGUGGCGGUCAACCCUAAAGCACCCCUUGAGCGUGUUUGUUUGCUUGGCUGUGGUAUCACCACCGCCUGGGGCGCUGUUGUAAAGCAACCUGGAAUCCCGGGGUCCACCGUUGCUGUUUUCGGGUGCGGUGCGAUUGGUCUCGGCGUCAUCGCGACGUCGUCACUUGUCAAAGCGUCACGCGUCAUCGCUGUCGACACGAACCCCAACAAGGAGUCCUGGGCGCGGAAGUUUGGCGCGACGGACUUUGUCAACCCCGCGCAGCUUCCGGAGGGCACCAGGAUUCAGGACUACCUGGUUGAAAUCACCGACGGCGGCUUGGACUACACCUUUGACUGCACGGGUAACGUCCACGUAAUGCGUGCAGCUCUCGAGGCCUGUCACAAGGGUUGGGGCGUCAGCACCGUUAUCGGUGUCGCCGCCGCCGGCCAGGAGAUCUCCACUCGUCCAUUCCAGCUGGUUACUGGCCGUACUUGGCGCGGCUCCGCGUUCGGUGGUGUCAAGGGCCGCACGGAACUCCCAGGGCUCGUGGAAGACUACCUGGCUGGCAAGGUUAAGGUCGACGAAUACGUCACUCACCACCGCACGCUUGCCGAGAUUAACGAAGGAUUCGGCGACAUGCACCAGGGAAAUUGUAUCCGUUGCGUUGUGGACAUGUCGUGAGUUCCUUGGCCGGAUCCGAAGCAGAAAUUGUAGACGUGAACGAUACAAGAUGUGAUUGUAACCUUAGCCAUAGCAGAUGCAUAUGAAUGUGUACUAUCCGCGCAGUGUAGCUUGGAUCGCCUACUGCGCUGUGCUGUAGCAU